UUAUAAAUCAAUCUUUGAGUUUUAGACAAGCAGUCGGUUAGCCACUUUCAUGUUUCUCUCUCAUCGUUUCAAAUCCUCAAUCAUGAACAAACCAAACCCAGCUCACUUCUCUCAGAUAUGCCCAUUUUGUUGUUCUUAGUUCACUUUCUUAACCACCCUCCACCUAUCACACUUUAACUUUCCCAAUCUCAACUUCGCGCCUCUUGAACCGGAAUCCAAUUUAUUCAGAGCUUCAGUUUUCAACCGAUAGGCCAUGGGACGGAAUAUUAAGGAUCUGAGUCUUCAAGAUCAUUUGAGGACAUAGUUUCAUGGAUGCUUCCCUUUUCAGAAAGGUGUAUGUAUAAUAACGGUGAAUUCAAUGCUAUGAUUAUGAUGUUAGAAGUCUUGGAACUAUUUUUUCCCAAGAACUGAUAUUAACCAGUUUGAAGCUAUCUUUAACAUUUAUAUCUAGUUACUUUUAUUUUUGGAGAUAUGGCAUGUUAUGUGUAGAUGCCAAGUCGUUAGGGCAACAAUCGGCCAUUAAAAUUAGAAAUUUUUAGAAGCUGGGUAGUUCAAGUAACCUAUUCAGGUUGUCUAGUGUUGAUUAUUCCACUAAACACUUGACUACUUAAGAAGAUAAUACUAUCCCCAUGACCUGUUACUCUGUAAGAGGGUCAAAGGCAGAAUGGCGCAGUUUUUUGUCGGGGAGCAGCUAUUCUUAUUUAAGUCAGAACUAUUAGGAUCCAAUUCGAUCUUCUCCCAUUGAUUUCAUGUACUGGUUUCCUGUUAAAAGUAGAUUGACGUCUUUCAUUUUUGCUAAAUUUUCUUUCUUGUUCCGGCAUAAACUGGCAAUUUAUUUUCUGUUGGUUGGUUGAUUAAACAGUUUGAAUUUCUAAUAUUAAUUAUUCUUUGGUGUGUAUUUGUUGAGGUCGGUUGGUAGAUGUUCGGAGUCUUGAAAUAUCUUAGUUGUUUAUUCCAGAUCAUUGGUUAGAUCUCAAAAAUGAAACAUGAUAGUUCCAACUUGAAGAAGAGAAAACUGUUAGGUGCAGCUGCUUCAGAUUUGGGCCUGCCUGCACCAAAGCAUGUAUGUUGUGAGGCAGCAAACAGAUCUGAAUGUGAUUCUUCAUUCUUCGUGAGAUCUGUAGAUGAAGAGGAUGUACACGUAUUUGACACGCUAGCUGAAUCAACUCAAGACAGUAAUAGUAUUCCUGGGGAUUCACAGUCAUCUGCAGAAGUGAUAUUUGAUGCAGGUAAUUUUCGAAAGAUGGAUUCGUAUGACGAGGCUUCUACUUCCUGGGCUAGUUCAAGACCAGUAAUAUCCCUUGAUUCCCUUUCUCUGGACCAUAUAAAUCAUAGCAUUGAAAGGGAACAAUAUCAACUUCCUAAUCAAGAUAAUACUGGAUGGCAUGAUAUUGAUUGGAUGGAUGACUGUAUCGACUCUUCUUAUUGCAAGGACAACAAGCAGCAGGCUGCUGAACAACUUGAAGGGUUACUUUCCUCCACUGGGAUGGUAUCGUCAGAAAGGUGGACUCUCAAUCCAGAGGCUCAAGUGGGAAGACAGAAGCCAACAAUUGAUCAAGAAUUCGAGCAGUACUUUUCAACGCUUAUGUUGUAAGUGAAAAUUCCCUUGUAUACGUACGUUCACAGUACUGUUGUAUGAGACUAAUGCAUCAAACUUGUAUAUAUAUCAAUAAUAUACUGCAUAUUAUGAAUUGCUUUCAAAUCAUUUAAGCUGAAAUAUCAAUCUUCCAUGA